AUGCCUAGCCGUAUUAUCGAAGACGAGCUCACUGAGCUUGUCGCAACCCUGUCAUCAGCUUCGGCUGAGCUGAAUAAGUUUCUUUCCAAUCGCGGUCUUGAAAAGCUCUCCACCGAGGCCGCCGCACCCAGCCUCGAACUCACUCCCGAGAACGCGCCCUAUUUCCAAGCAAAGGCAUCAAUCGUCGAUGCCGCAGAACGUGUUGUUCGUCUGGCUCGCGGACCCAGAGACACACUCAUCACUCUGAGCUUUGAGCACUGCGCCACAGCUUCUCUCCAAAUUGCCCUCAAGUACAAGCUAGCCAGCCAUAUCCCACUGGCAGGAAGUAUUACAUACGCAGCCGUUUCUGAGGCAGUCGGCAAGCCCGAGGUCACACCGGCCCUCGUCGAGCGUAUUCUCCAGCACACGUCUUCCUAUGGCUUGUUCGAGGCCCAGCCAGGCGGCACCGUCGCCCACAACGCCAUGUCUGCGCUUCUCGUGACAGACCCUGACCUGGAAGCAUGGAUGGACCUGAGUGCCACCAUUGCUUAUCCGGCCGGCGCUUCUGUCCCCAAAGCGCUGCAAAGCUACGGCUACAGUAUGGAGGCGAACGAGUCUGCCUACGGAGUCUCCAUUGGCAGAAAGAUUUCUCAGUUCCAGCGCUUCCGCGAAGCAGACGGUCAGCAGCUGCACGAUAUGUUUGCCCGCGCCAUGCGCGGCAUUGCGGUUGGCGGUGCCUACGACCUUCGUCACGCUGUUGACGGCGGAUACCCGUGGCACUUGCUGGAAAAAGACCACAUCCGUCUCAUUGUUGAUGUUGGUGGUGGCCCUGGCCACAUUUCAAUGGCUCUGGCCAAGAAGUACCCAAAGCUCCAUUUCGAGGUGCAAGACUUGCCGGAGACCGUCGAAGUCGGGGCCAAGUCCUGCCCUGAGGAGUUAAAGGGCCGCGUCACUUUCCGUCCCCACGACUUCAUGAAGCCUCAGCCUGAGCACAAGGUUGCUGAUGGAGAAGGCAUUGCCUACUUCUGCCGUUUUAUCCUUCACGACUGGAGCGACAAGUACGCUCAGAACAUUCUUCAGAGUCUGGCGUCAUCUCUGAGACCCCAGGACCGUAUUAUUAUCAACGAUGUCGUGGUCCCUGAACCGGGACAAGAGAGCCGUGAGAGAGAACGUCGCAUGCAGUCAGUUCCACCCCUCAUUUGUCAUAGCCUGACAGAACUCGUAUUGACAAGCUUUAGUGAUCGGGACCUGCUGAUGUUGAUGAACCUUAAUGGUCGCGAACGUACAAGAACUGCGUUCGAGAACCUCUGCAGUGCGGUGACGCCUAAGCUCCAAGUGAAGACAGUAUUCCGCCCUGAGCUCGGGGAACUUUCUCUCAUUGACAUAAGUUUGGCGUGA